GAUCUCCCUCUCUCUCUCUCUCUCUCUCUCCUCUUUCGCUCGCUUUCCCUGUUUGUCUAUCAGGGUGGAUCAAUGCGAGAGUCUCCGCUUCAUACAAAGUCCCUCUCAGCCUCUCUCCACCAGGGCCACACUGAAGCCGCGGACCCGGGGGGUGUUUGACAGCAAUGCUGUAGGGCGCAAGAUAAGGUGGCGCGCGGAUGAUCGGGCUCAACAUGUCGCUGAAAGGAUAGAAGGGAGAAUAAAAAAGAAGACCCCCCUCCCUUGCUACCACCACCCCCCUCUCCCCUUCUCUCUUUUCUCCCAAGCUUGUUGCUUUUGCGAAGCGGCCUAAUAACACAAAAUGUCGACGAGAACGCCAUUGCCCACUGUGAAUGAGCGCGACACCGAGAACCAUACUUCCAUUGACGGCUACCAUGAACCAUAUAUUCCGCCCACCAAGUCGAACAGUCGGCAAAACAUCCCCCGGUGCCGGAACUCCAUCGCCUCGACCACUGAUGAGCAGCCCCACAUUGGCAACUAUCGCCUGCUCAAAACCAUUGGCAAGGGCAACUUUGCCAAAGUCAAGCUAGCAAAGCACGUUCUGACUGGAAGAGAGGUUGCUGUGAAAAUAAUAGACAAAACACAACUGAACCCAACCAGUCUACAAAAGCUGUUUAGAGAAGUCCGGAUAAUGAAAAUCCUGAACCACCCUAACAUAGUUAAAUUAUUUGAAGUAAUUGAAACAGAGAAGACACUGUAUUUAGUUAUGGAAUAUGCCAGUGGAGGUGAAGUAUUCGACUACCUGGUUGCACAUGGGAGGAUGAAGGAGAAAGAGGCGAGAGCAAAGUUUCGGCAGAUUGUCUCUGCUGUGCAGUAUUGCCAUCAAAAGCGCAUUGUCCAUAGGGAUCUAAAGGCUGAAAACCUGUUGUUGGAUGCAGAUAUGAAUAUUAAAAUAGCUGAUUUUGGUUUUAGCAACGAAUUUACAAUUGGCAACAAGCUAGACACCUUUUGUGGGAGCCCUCCCUAUGCUGCUCCAGAACUCUUCCAAGGUAAAAAAUAUGAUGGACCAGAGGUGGACGUUUGGAGCUUGGGUGUUAUAUUGUACACCCUUGUAAGCGGAUCGUUGCCAUUUGAUGGCCAAAACCUAAAGGAACUGAGGGAAAGGGUACUGCGAGGGAAGUACCGCAUUCCUUUCUACAUGUCCACAGACUGUGAAAACCUCCUGAAAAAGCUCCUGGUGCUGAACCCAGUUAAAAGAGGAAGCUUGGAACAAAUAAUGAAGGACCGAUGGAUGAAUGUUGGUUUUGAGGAAGAAGAGUUGAAGCCCUACACUGAACCUGAACCAGAUUUCAGCGACACAAAAAGAAUAGAACUGAUGGUAACAAUGGGAUUUUCAAGAGAUGAGAUAACAGAGUCUUUAAUUGGUCAGAAAUAUGAUGAAGUUAUGGCAACGUACCUUCUUCUCGGCAGAAAACAACCGGAGUUUGAAGGAAGUGAAUCUUUGUCCAACAGUAACCUGUGUCAAAGGUCUCGACCCAGCAGUGACCUAAACAACAGCUCCACGCAGUCACCAGCACACUCCAAGGUCCAACGCAGCAUAUCAGCCAAUCAGAAGCAGCGGCGGUUUAGUGAUCAUGGUGGGGAUAACAUUAAACCAACUGGACCAACUAUUCCUCCAGCAGUGUCCUACACUAAAAGAGCGCAGGCUAACAGUGUCGAGAGCGACCAGAAGGAGGAAUGGGAAACGUCUCGUAAGCUGAGUGUCACAGCCACAAACUCCAAAGGAGAGGUGCCCACUAGUCCACUGGUUGGACCAGAUAGGAAGAAAUCAAGCACUGUCCAGAGUAAUAAUGUACUUCCUAGUGGAAUGACCAGACGAAACACGUAUGUAUGUGAGCGCUCCAGCACAGAUCGGUACUCAGCAAUACCCAAUGGCAAAGAUAGCAGUCUAACAGAAAUGUCUGCUUGUGCAAGUAGUACACCCUCCUCUGCAGCCGCUUCCGCUAUGCCCUCCACCCGGCCACGUCACGUUAAGUCCAUGUCUGCUUCUGGGCACCCGAUCAAAGUUACACUUCCUCCUAUUGAAGAUGGAACAGAGAGUUACAGGCCGAGCGGUUCGACUCCUCGGCCACCUGCAGCAUCUCCUUCCGCACACAGUAUUAGCAGCACCACUCCAGAUCGGACUCGCUUCCCUCGUGGGAGCUCCAGCCGAAGCACUUUCCAUGGCGCACAACUACGUGAUCGACGUACUGCCACCUACAAUGGACCACCUGCCUCUCCAACACUGUCCCAUGACACGGCGUCACUGUCACAGGCCCGCCGUGGCACAUCUACUGGCAUCAUCAGCAAGUUUACUUCCAAAUUUAUCCGCAGCAAGUCUGAGGACUCCUUUCUAAGUCACGUGUCAUCGCUGGGCGCCAGCAGGAGCUCAAAGCAAAGCCAAGCAGAAAGUGAAGCCAGUGGGAGAACAGAGAUGUUGAGAGGCACUUCAGGGGAACCCAAAGACAGAGAUAAAGAAGAUAAGGAUUCAAAGCCACGAUCCUUAAGGUUUACCUGGAGUAUGAAAACCACUAGUUCUAUGGACCCCAAUGAUAUGAUGAGAGAGAUCCGCAAAGUAUUGGAUGCCAACAAUUGUGACUAUGAGCAGCGGGAGCGAUUCCUGCUCUUCUGUGUACAUGGCGAUGCUCGGCAGGACAACCUGGUCCAGUGGGAGAUGGAAGUCUGUAAAUUGCCCCGCCUUUCCCUCAAUGGGGUUCGUUUUAAGAGGAUAUCUGGCACCUCAUUUGCCUUCAAAAACAUUGCAUCCAAAAUUGCAAAUGAACUAAAGCUGUAAAAUGAGAACACUUUCAGGAAUGGGAUCAGGGUAGAAUAAAACAUGACAUACAGUUUCGAAUGUACUGGUUAUGCGGCACACGUGUUGGGCCAGUCAGUGGGAGGGGAAAACAAAAAACAAGUACACGGCCCACAGUACACUGACCCACCACGCCGUCCUCAUGUAAGAUAAGCGAUUAGAAAAAUGACCCUUGUUGCAAUAAAAACAAAACUUUGUUGUUUGUGAAAUUAAUUAAAACUGCGGUAGCUUGAAAAAGAUUAUUAUUAUUUUUUUUUUUUUUGGAUUUUUGUUUUUCACAUGUACAGGUAAAUAUAUAAGUACAUUCUGUCCACAGUUAUGUGUUCACAGAGUUGUACAAAUUAAAAAGAAGCUUCUAGCUUAACAUCUACAGGUAUGUUGUAUAGCUGUCCUGAAUCUGUACAGAAAAUGUAUGUUUAAUGUCUAAUACUCUGUCAUUUGAGUUGAAACAUUCUUUCCUAAUUUUAUUUCAGUUAGUUUGUUUUGUUUUUUAGUUUACCUCAAAUAUGUGAAAUUCUCUUUUUAGAUUUUUUAUUUUCUUUUGAAAAAAGAUAUUUGAGUAAAGAUGUGUUUUGAUAUACAUAGAGUUGUCACAAUAUUAAAUAUAUAUUAAGAGUCCAUAUUGGAAGACAGGAGUACAUUGUAGCACCUUUACUGAGCUAGACACACUAGUACAAUAAGCACCUGCGAGCCUAUGAAAUGUAUCGAUUUUAAUUGGACUUCUUUUCGCACGCUAGAAUGGGUAAUACCUGCUCUACCCGGCUGGUACACAGAAUAUUGUGACACCUCUGUUACCGUAGCACAACCCUCGCCGAGACUUCGGACUGGGAGACUGUAACAAACCAGGCAGGCGGGCGGGCAGGCAGACGGUGGGUGGAAGAGGAGCAAAGCUCCAGCAUCGGUCACCUGUCACAGAAAGCGCCGUCAUGAGUGCCUGUUAAGUGACUCUGCCAUUUCUCGUCCCAGCUGUAACCUGCUUGUGCUGAAUAUUUGAUCAGAUUCUUCUAUUUAUUUCACAUUAUGCCCGUAAUGUGCAGCUUUGUAAUUAUUAGGCAUUCACUUAUACAAAAGAAUUCUAAAUAAGAUAUUUUUUGCCUUUUAUUGUUUGUUUGUUUUUUUUUUCCUUGAUAAUUAGUGAUUAUAAAAGUAUGUAAAACCACUAGUACUGGUACAUUUAUACUUGUUAUUUUGUACUAAAUUAACCUUAAAAGGUUAACCGUGCAAUGAUAUUCCAUGUUGUAAUUACUGUAAUAGCAACAUAUGGGCCACCCAAUCUCUUGUGUAAAGUAGGACCAUAAAGCGGUUUUAAUUUAAAAGAGGACUUUACAAGUACAAUAAGAAGCUGUGACGGUCUUCAGAACCAUGAGUAAACCGAAUGAGGACUGUAAAUACGAUAUUGUAGUGUGUGAUGUAGCUUCCUUCCUGUGAUGGUUCUGUUCCAGAAUGGACGUAACGUUUGUUGCCUUAGCUGAUAAUGACACUUGGAAAACAAAAAAAGAGGGUAAACUGUUUAUCCUAACACCCACCCCACCCUGCACCCCUUCUGCAGUUCAUUCAAGAACCUUUGAUGCAAGUCAUCUUGAUUCAGUCUCACUGGUGCACUAUAUUAAAACUUACUUGAACAGAG